CAUUUGACUAUUGAAGCAAAUUCUAGAGAGAGAAUGGCGAUUGCAGAGGUUGAUGCGGUGGAUUUUGAACCGGAGGAUGAUGAUCUUAUGGAUGAAGAUGCUACAGUCGAUAUUGAUGCUGAUUCUCCUAGGGCUUCACUUCCAAAGCUUAAAUCUGCCAUUACAGGUGGUUCUUCUUACUCAAACUCUGCUCCUAAGAAGACUAAAGGCCGUGGAUUCCGUGAAGAAGCUGACGCUGAUCGCAAUGGAAGGAUGUCUGGUCGUUUUGAUUCCAUCGACUCUGAUGGCGGUCCUGGUCCAGAAAGAUCUAUUGAAGGAUGGAUAAUAUUAGUGACUGGUAUUCAUGAAGAGGCACAAGAGGAUGAUCUUCAAAAUGCUUUCGGUGAAUUUGGUCAAAUGAAGAAUCUGCAUUUGAAUCUUGAUCGACGUACUGGUUUUGUCAAGGGAUAUGCACUAAUUGAGUAUGAAAACCGCGAAGAAGCUCAAGCAGCUAUAAAUGAAAUGAAUGGGAAAGAACUCUUGACUCAUGUGAUUAAUGUUGAUUGGGCGUUUAGCAGGGGUCCAUUUACGAGAAGAAAUACGAGAAGAAGGUCACCUCGUAGGAAUCGUUCAAGGAGUCCAAGAAACAGAUUCUGAAAUUUCCAUGGAUUUUCGGUAUGAUUUAUUGCUUUGAUUUUGCCAGGAGUGAAGUAUUUUGGUUGAUUUAAGAGUCGUUUGUUCUGAAUUCUCUCCUUUUUUUUUGUUUAUGUAUAUUUGCUGAAGAUCUAAUUGUGCACUGAUUUUAUUACAACGAUGAGUAGUUGUUGUGGCCUUGUAAUGAUAAUAUUUUCCUGUUUUAAAACCUGC